GUGGAAAGCUUAUCAUUUAUAACUGCUGGGCAAAGACCAAAGUACCCCACAUUCACGGGAAAAGGCAUAAGCAGAUCGGACUCUGGAGCUUUCAGAAGGGCACAAGCAACCAGACUCUGUGCAUACACUCUGUGUAUUUAUUUAUUUUACAACAGGUUUUUUUUGGUUUUUGUGCUACUUGGAAAAUAUCAGCAAUGUCGGCCACAUUAGAAAUAAUAGGCUUCUUGCUCUCUAUAACCAGCUGGUUGAUAACUGGUUCCUGUUUGGCCAACAAUAGCUGGAAAGUGUCGACUAUGUCGGGCAGCCUUAUCACCUCUUCUGUCCGCUAUGAGAACCUCUGGAAGGCCUGCGCUAAGGACAGCACAGGGGUGUCCAACUGCCGCGAUUUUGAAUCCAUGUUGGCAUUGCCUGGUUACAUACAGGGCUGCCGGGCAUUGAUGAUCGUCUCCCUGCUCCUGGGCCUGGGGGGGAUCAUAGUGGCCCUGCUAGGGCUGAAGUGCACCAAAAUCGGCAGCACCAAUGAACAGACCAAGGGCAAGAUCGCCCUGAGUGGGGGGGUCUGCUUAAUUGUAUCAGGACUCUGCUCUAUUAUACCGGUUUCUUGGUACGCAUACCAAAUCACUCAGGAGUUCUACAACCCCCUUUAUGGAGGAACAAAGUACGAGCUGGGGCCCGCUCUCUACAUGGGCUGGGGAGGAGCAAUUCUCGCUAUCCUAGGAGGAUCUUUCCUGUGUUGCUCCUGCACUCAGGGACAGAAGGGAUACAAGUAUGCAGGUCCUGCUCAGGGUAACCAAAGAAUCUACAAAGCCUCUUCUACUGCAGAGACAAUGUCCAAAGCCUACGUUUAGUCCUUCAACUUCACCAUUUUUCUGUUUGUUUUUGUUACGCAGCUUUUGAAGUUUAGAAAUUAGCUUGUUUGGUGUUUUUUUGGGGGUGUGGUAGGGGGUAUGGUUUGUUUCGAUGUGUAAUUGAAACCUUUUUUUUUUCCCCAUAGCAGAAAACAGGAUGUUAAUUACUGCUUUAAAUACAUAAUUUUUUAAUAAAUACUUAUUUGUUACCAUA